UUCAUGCGUAGGAUUCGAAUGUGAAUUCAGGCCUCGCAAAAUUUUUGAACCCGGCCCCGCGAAAGGUCACGUCGGCCAUGGGCGUUUGGAAGUGACGGAACGGCACUGGAGUUGCGGAGCGCCUGCGUGAUGCACGCCACGUCGGUGUACGGUGCAUGGAGGGUAACGGUGGCCCAGGGGCGGCAGUGCGGGUUCAGGGGGCGGCGAGGGCGGGUGCCUCCGUUGGAACUACCCCUUGACGACAGCCCGCAGCCAUUCGCACCCUCGACCGAUCUCGUGCCGCGUAAUUCUCGUUCUCCUCGAUAAUCGAGCGUCUGUGAAUCGCGACGACCGUUUUUCCGCUUGUUGGAUCGAGGAACACGCGAGCCACUCAGUUUCAGCAUGGAGUACCCCGAAGCGAUGGAACGAGGCCGGAACUUUCGUCUGCUCGCCGAGGAAGAGUUGUCUCAACUCCUGGACUUCCUUGCUGGUUAUUUGCCUGAAUCUUUAAAGUUCCAUCAAACCUUGUUGACCUACACGCGGGACAAAGUAUGGGACUUCCAUUUCUACGUGGCGAACGACUGGCCGGAAGCUGCGAUUUGUUUACAUUUUCCAGGCAUGACGUUAUCCCCCCACGGUUUGCUGUACGAGAGCGUGGGCGUCUUUUGUCCCAACGACCGGCUAGAGCUGCUCAAGUUGCUGAGGGAGGAGGACAUUCUCAUCGACUGGUCCAAGCCUCUGUACAUUAAUUUCGUUCACUACGACAUCGCCGAGGAGCUGACGCGUUUGUACGAGGACACGGGAACCAUCGAGAGGGUGGUAGGUGACGUUUUCGUCUGCGAGGAUCCGGAGAACGCGGACUGCAUCGAGGAACAGGACGAGAACGCCGAUCCUGACGUUCAGGUCCUGUCGCUGAAGGCCGAACACGCCGAAGGGAUACACGAACUGUACCCCGCGAACGAUAUGGAGUGCCACGAGCUCUUCCUACGGUUGAUCAGGCUACUGCCAGCGGCGGGGGUCUUCUACAAGGGCAAGUUGGCGGCCUGGAUGGUGCAGUCUUACUACGGAGCGAUGUUUUCCAUGCAGACCAAGCCGGAGUAUCGGAGGAAGGGCUACGGAACGAAACUAGCAAGGUACCUGACGAAACGUGUGGCCGAAAGGGGCUACCAGCCUUUCGUUGUGAUACGUCCAGAGAACGACGCCAGCCAGAGUCUGUACAAGAAAUUGGGCUUCAGGAACCUCUACCAAACAGUUCGGAUGUCGUUCGUGCCGCUGGCGUGGCAGGACGCGGACACUGACGCGGACAACGCGAGGGAUAGUUUGGAGAACGUUGUCAGGCACCUGACGAUUGGACAGAAGGUGGUGGACGCUUUUAGAAACGAGGAAAUCGUUAUCGACGAAGAGGCCGCGGAGAACGAAGAAGAAACGCAGGAUUGUUCGAGCGAGAAGGAGCAGCUCGAAAUGGUGGUCCAGGAGCCUGAUGACGAAACCGUCGAGAUCGACAGAGAGGAAUCGGAGGAGAGAAUAGAAGUUACCGAGUUACCUGCCGAAGAAGACGCGGAUGAAACAAACGGCGACGUGAAACCCUCGGGAGACGCCGAAGAAACACCGGACGACGGUGGUGGCGACCAAGACGACGGAGGAACGGACGCGGAAUAAUUAACUAUACAUUCGAUUAUUCGAUAGAAGGUCCACGAUUUACGUCACGUUGCUCGCUCGAGGGUGCGCUCGUCUUUCCACAGCUGGACGGAUCAUUCCCGACGACGAUGGCUCGAAUGACUCGUACCUCGCGAAGAAAUUCAUCGAUCGAACUGGUAGGAGCUGUACCAGCGAUUCCGAUGAUCGAAUCGCAAACCAAUGUGUCGAGUAUCAUUUUAUAUCCGCGAACAAAAAUUGAUUCAAAGUCCUCGUUUUAGAAUUAAUACUGGUAGCUUUUUAUAAGCGAAUCGAAUUGAACGUAACAACCGAGAGCAAUCGGUCGCGAUUGGCGUAAUUUUUCGCGUUUGAUCGAUGACAUGUCCUACGGAGGCGUCGUUUCGUCAGGGCGCGACCUCGAGCGACACCCGCGACGGAAGAAAAGAGAAAAGAAAUUAUUUUAAGAAACUUAACGACAUUACGGCACCGCGUUCGUGCGAGGCUUCGAUUCGCGUACGAAGAUGGCACGAUUCUGCGUACGGUUCCUCAUAUCAGACUGUUUGGAGAAUGUUGCGAAGGUCUCAGGAAUCAAUUAGACGUAUCCUUUUGGGUUGCCAAGGUUAGAUGGUUUCAAAGUCUAUCCAUACCGUGUCAGGUAUCUUCCUGUUGUAUUCGGUGGGUUCAUCGUUUCAAAUGUUUAGCGUUUUACGGUAACCCCCGCUUCUAAGUACAUGUUUAUUCCGACGAAAGCGAGUGGCCAGUGAACGUAGACUAUUAACCAUUUGCACUCAUUGUCAGUCUUAGAUUUCUCAGUUAUGGAAUGGCCACGAAAAACUCUUUGCAGUUUGUUAAACUAUCCGAUCUUCUUCCUAGAAUUUUACAUUUUUAUUAACCAAACAUAAUCAUACACAAACACAAGGCGUAGUACAAAAAUCUUAAACGAUUUUGUGUUGGUUAGAGACUGUUUCACAUUUAACAAACCUUAUGCGAUUCACGUCACAGAGAAAGUUUAUCUUUGAUAAACCCAGAGAGUUGGAGUAUUUAUGGACUGACUGUAUGAAGUUGUCUGUAUCGAAGUUGUAGAACGCCUUAAAGUGCCUGGGCAGUAAGGUGGCCUUAGGAGUGUAAAGGGUUAAUAGCGAAUGAACUACAAUGUUAUCUCUUCGCUAGUGAAAGUGUACUUUCACUGGUCAUCGUUAAAAAAAUGUCUACAUUUUACUAAAGACUUUAGUGAAAACUAUCCCAGACCUACUCACUAAUGAAUGUAGUCGCUUCCAAACGGGUAAACAUUGACGACGUAUAAGCGGGGGUUACUAUAUUUAUCACGAUCGUAUAUCUUUGUUGCAUAGUUGAAGAGUUAACCCGGAAUCGAUCAAUUGUUCAGAGACCGUGCGUCGCGUGAUAACGUAAAAAUGAAAGCAGAGAUGAGCAAAAUUUUAUUCGAAUAACAAUGGAACCUAUAUUAUUCGAUCGAAUAGUUAUAUUCUAUAAUUGAAAUUCUAAAGUCUCGUUCGACCACUAACAAAAGACGAGUUCCAGAUAGAAAUUUUGCUCAUCUUUUCAACAAAACGCUCGCUUUCGGGUUAACCGUUGUGAUCGAUACUAUACACUUGUAUCCUCGACGAAUGGUACGCGUUUUUACUAAAUUAUAAACGCGAGUCAGCGAGUACCGUUGUUUAUUAAAUUGAACGUAAUUAACGAGUCAAAGUUCCGACGUAUUCCGUUUCUUGUUGCACAAAGAAUGUUGUAUUUGAAAGAUACGAGCACGUCAUCGGUUGCUCGACAUUAGCUUCUCAGCGACCAAAAAUCCAAUAUAAGAUAGACUUUGAACUACGAAUCGUUCGUAUACGAACGACGAAUCCUAUUCACGAAACAAAGAGCGAACACCGUGAUCGAUAGUCGCGAGAUCGCUCAGAAGCUUGGCUCGGUGAAUCGAUCUGUGAUUGUAAUUUUCCCUGUAUAAAGUAGCGUUUCGAACAAAAAUUCCGAAGCCUCGUGCGACCUCGACACGCUUUCCUUAAUAUAAGUAGAAGUAAAAUUGCUGUGCCCGUGCGCUCGACCGUAAUUAAAUAUUUCAAGCAUAUUGAAUUACGGGAAACAUAGCUACGACGCUCGAAAAUUUCAAACACGAACGGUAUUUUCGAUUACGCUGACCGUUGACGAAAGGUGCGACGCACGUCCGAAGAUUUGCCCGCGAUUUUUCUCAACGCACUAAAAAAAAAAUAAAAAAAAAUUCAAAUAGAAAAAAAAUACAUUAGAGCGACGAACGUAGAAAAUUUCGGACUCCAGCUUUUCUUAAUCGGAGUCGAACAAUUCCUUAUCGGUACAAACAAACCUGCGUUCCCAUGGAUAGAAUUCGCCAAACGACGCUAGGGAUGUUCGAUUAAAUAAUAAAUGAUAAUUUUUCAGAAAUGCUCGAAAACGGAAAUGUAUACGUAGUCAGUGUAAUAAGUAUUCGUACAGGAACCAAUUCAAAAUAAAACUUCGUAUAUUUAUUUUGUUAAUAAAUUCUAGAAUUGCGUAGAAUUUGCGUAAAUUACAGUUUAUUAUUUUUAAUGUUAACCACUUAUUUCGUUUCUUAUUAAUUUUAUUUUCAAUUGGUUGCUGUACGAAUACUUCUUACACUGACUGUGGGCUUUAAGUACUUGCUUUCAUCGUCAAAAAGAAAAUAAAGUCUACAUGAAUCCAAUGAGCAUAGAUCGGUUGAAAAUGAAAGAAGAUGGUAUAAGCAGAGGAAAAAAGGCUUGAUGACACGCGUAAAAUUUUUAAAAAAUCGAACAUUCCUACCGAAAGCACAGUGUUGUCGCGAAACGAAAUUCACGAAGGUGGCAACGAAAAAUUUGUUUUUACUCGCGAAACUAGACGAACCGCCGCAACGAUCGGUCCAGCGUGCGAGCCAAUGAUAAUAAUAUUAAUAGAGACGAUCAUACGAUUAAUAUUAUUAUUAGUUACAGAAUACAUGUGUACGAUAUGAAUAUACCGCGCGCAAAACAAGGAAACCCGAUCGACCCAACUCGAUGACCGAGAGAACCGUUUCUAGGAACUAUAGACGUAGAUAUUAUUUGUAGCGUUUUUUCUACGUUUCGUAGAUGCGAAGAGAAAAAAAGAAAACCAGGUUUGAAAGGUCGUAGCCGGGUCGACCGGUAAAGUUUCCUCGAAGGCCCUCGACGCCCCUUCUUUAUUUUGGAUUUUCAACAUUUCCGGGGGCCAGCUGUGAUAUUUUCCCCACUCCAUGUACGUUCUGAUCGUAAAUACGAAACAUGCAAGGGGUAGGCCUGGACGAGCGUUUCUUGGCCAGAACCGAGCUGAAAACGCUUUGUUUUAUAAAAAUGGACGGCAAAGAAAUUUGUAAUAUUCUGGAAAUUUUAACGCGUCGAGUGUCGACAUAGUUUUUCAUGCUUUUCCGUUCGUGCUGAACGCGGUAGAGGUCUCGACAUUUCAUUACAUUCAAAGUCACCCCAUAGUGUGGGCAGAUACAAAGCUUUCCCUAAAUCCUUUGUGUACGUUUCAAACCUCGCGUUCGGAUCCUCUUUGGUAAACGGUUGUUUGAUACGUAACGUUGGUCCACAAAAAUUAAAACUAAGUAAAAAUUGAGUAAAAAUGUUACCUGAAAAAUGAAUAACAAAAUAUUACAACAAAGAAAUACAAGUUGGAAAACGUGUGAAAAGUUUUCUUUCUUAUUGGAAUUGUAUAUCUUAUUAUCUAUCUUUCGAUAGAGACUUUAUAAAACGAAUAUAUAUCACCUGAAGCAUGAACGGCUAAAUUAAAAGUCCAGAUUAGUUUAGGUAUAGCGUCGGGCACCGGUGUCCGUCACGACACUCGACGCGUGAAAUCCGAUCCCGUUCGAGAAAUGCUCGUCCAGAUCGUGAUCCAAUCCUGUUAGGUCUAGGCGAAAAUCGGUUGUCGUUAAUGGGACACACCCGAAACUCCCCGAAACUCCCCGAAUUCCAUUGAUGUUUUGCCACUAACGCGUUACAGGAGCGAAUAAAUCUGCUUCAAACUGUUCAAUUUCGAUUGCAGGCAUAGUGGCAAGAAUAACCGCGUAAUAGCACCGUCAAUUGUUUCUCACGGAAAAUCUUCGAGGGACAAAUUUUACUAACGUUAGUACGUUACAGUCUAUUCAUUUGAAACGUUCUAAUCGAGAUCCUUCCGGUUUUCAGCACAAAGUUUUCGAUCGACGUAAAUAAGUCGUCAAUUAAUUAUGUCAAUUUUAAUUUUACAAAUCUCGACAGAUUUUACAUCCGUUUAUUAACCGUUUUCGGAAACGAUCAUUUUCUUUUAUUAGCAACAUUCUUGUCAACGUGCACCGCGAACAUUAACGUACAUCAACUUUCAAUUAGUUCGUACAAACUAACCUCGAAAUUCACUUAUUUGCUCGUGAUUCCAAAAUAUUCGAGAAAAGAGGAACGUCGAAUCCAAACUGUCCGAAAAUCAGAGAUGAGCAAGAUUGCGUUUAAAUAGUAAAUUAAAAUUAUUUACAUUAUUUAUUUAUCUAACGUCUUCAUCGCACUGCAAAUUUAGGUUAGUUUUUAUUCGUUCAAUGUGAAAUAUAAGUUCGUACUAUGAUUCAAAUUGUAUUUCCUUUUAAAACAUAUAACCAAUUGAAAGUUGGUUACAUUUCAUUCAAUAUUCCAAACUUUUUAGAAAAGAAUUUUACUCAUCUCUGCAUAAAGUAACGUACGACAAAUUACUGUCCCCUGAAUGUGAAGCAUCGUGCCUUGUAAAACACAAAACGUCGAGUAGGGUUACCUUGACCGUCUCAUGGUACAAAACGGCACGGUGCAAUGAAUUUUAUUACAUAAUUCGUACUUUUAAAUCCAUUGUACAUCGUUAACCUGCGACAAGUCCGACCAAAGAAAACAAUCGAUAGUUUAAACGUGCACGCAAAUUGCGUCACGUAUCGCGUACCAAUAGAACGAAAAGUGAAUUUAAUUUUCAUAAAUCGCUCGAACCUGUCAAAUUAUGUUCCGCCAUCUAUAGUCGUAACGAUAAUUGUAAACUUACCCGAGCCAGGUUCCGUCGUUAUUUCGUACACUUUCUUACGCCGUGUACAAGCUCGAAUGGAAUUCGCGAGUACAAUCCAAGGAGAAGUGGCUGUUACGAGAGACACAAAUUUCUUGAUCAAACGCAUAGAUAUAUUAUCGAUGAAAUAGGGGAGUCAGAAGCUAAAACGUACCACAGCUGAAAAGAGAAAGAAAGCUAUACCUU